UUUUCUGUGACGCCAUUGGUCUUUUGAUCAGUUUGAAAAUCUUUUAUUGGUCGUAAAUUUUAUCCAAAAAAUCCGUGAGCACGGAGAGCCGUGUUUUUAAAUUUAGACUGUUGAUUGAAUCUCAGAAGAAUCAUGUCUUUGUUUGGGGAGAUUGGUGAGCCUUCUUCUCGUGCUGAUUUUGAAGAUUGGGAUGGACCUCCAUCUGAUAAACCAAAGUUGCAAUGGAAAACAAAUUCAUUUGUUCGUCCAAAAAUUGUUGAUGCAGUACUCAUAUUUGAAGGAGAAUAUUUGUUUCAUUGCAUCUUUGCUCAAACAAAAAACAACUUGAAGUUGAAAAACACCGUUGAAGAAAUUGGUUUGAGCCUGUAUAAGAUUAUACUAACCAAUAAUUAUGUGUUUGUAGUUCGAGACUAUGAUAUGCCCAGAACUGGCGAAGUUGUCGAAUUAAUACGUUAUUUUCUGAAUGAGUCAAAGGAAGUGCUCACUCUGCAAACUAGACCCUUGACUGAGUAUCAGUCGCCAAAUCCAGUUUGUCAAAGUGUUAUAAGAACAGUGUCUACUACCAACGUAAAAUCUAAUGAUCUACUGUACCCAGCAUUGGAACAGCCAAAUAUGUUAACUGGAAUCUCAGCUGGAGUAAUAAGCCUGAGAGAACACCUGGGUCUUGCUGGUAAAACUAUUGUAUGCUAUGUCUCAAAUCCUAGAAGGUGUCUUGAGAAUGAUGUGCAGAUAAUGCUUGAAAAACUUGCUAUUGGCCCACCCAGCUCACCAAGCAGUAUUGAUAUGGAUACAAAUCUAUACACAUAAAAUGAA